AGAGACGACAGUCGUCUGUCGUGUUUAGUUAGUGUUUGACACAUCUGUCCCCGCACUCCCGCUGUCGUUGUCCUCGCUGCGACACAAUGUGGCUCAGCGUCGCGCUCGUCUUUGUCGUCGUGGUCAUAUUUAUAUUAAAGUAUGUCCUUAGCGGCUCUGGACCGAACCCAUUUGAAAAGGACACGCGUGAACCGCUGAAGAAGAUGGUCCUCGACAAGAAAGAGAAAAACAAAGUGCUCAAACAAGGAUUUGUGGCCAGUAAAGUCCCAGACAACCUGGAUGCCAUCAUCAUCGGCAGUGGGAUCGGCGGGCUCGGGCUCGGGGUGCUGCUGGCCAAAGUUGGAAAGAAAGUUCUGAUUCUGGAGCAGCACGAUCGGGCCGGGGGAUGUUGUCACACAUUCACUGAGAAGGGUUUUGAGUUUGAUGUUGGAAUCCACUACAUCGGUGACCUGCUGGAACACAAGCCGUUCCGCUGCAUGCUGGACCAGUUGACCAAUGGACAGCUGCAGUGGGAGCCUCUGGAAAACCCCUUUGACCAAGUCGUUCUGGGACCUCCAGAAAACCGCCGCUGCUACCCCAUCUACAGCGGCAGGAACCGCUUCCCAGACGAGCUGAAGAAGUGUUUCCCUGGAGAGGAGAAGGCCAUUGAUGAGUAUAUGAGGCUGGUUAAGAAAGCUGGCCGGGGCAUUUGGUUCCUUGCUUUGUUGAAGCAAUGUCCCGUCCCCAUAGCUAAGCUGCUGGUCUACACUGGCCUGGUCAAACAUCUCUCUUUCUUCUUUAAAAUGGCACCACGCAGCCUGACAGAAGUGGUCAAUGAACUGACGGAGAAUAAAGACCUCCGGGCUGUUUUCUCCUACAUCUUUGGCACCUACGGUAACAUGCCCAAAGAAGCCAGUUUCUCUAUGCACAGCCUGCUGGUCACUCAUUACCUGAACGGUGCCUGGUACCCUAAAGGAGGAGCCAGUGAAAUUGCCUACCACAUGAUCCCAAUCAUCGAGAAGGCUGGUGGUGCCGUGCUGGUUCGAGCUCCGGUGAACAGAAUCUUGUUCAAUGCUGCCAAGGAAGCCUGCGGUGUGAGUGUCAUGAAAGGUCAGGAGGAAAUCCACAUCCAUGCCCCUAUGGUCAUCUCCAAUGCUGGAAUAUUCAACACCUACCAGAAGCUGCUGCCGAAAGAGCUCCAGGCCAUGCCAGCCAUCCAGAAGCAGCUGGGUAUGAUGAAGAAUGGUGAAGGUGGCCUGAGUGUGUUUUUGGGUCUGAAUGGAACUAAGGAGGAGCUUGGCCUGAAAGCAGACAACUACUGGAUCUUUACUGAGAACAACUUUGAUGAACUGGUGGAGAAUUACCUAAAUGGAAAUAGGGAAGAGUCUGCUAAAAACGUACCCCUGCUGUUUGUUGCCUCUCCAUCAGCUAAAGAUCCAACCUGGGAGGAAAGAUCACCAGGUAAGUCCACCUUGAGCCUGGUCAGCUUUGCCAGCUACAAAUGGUUUGAGGAGUGGAAGGACGACAAAGUGACAAACAGAGGGGCCGACUACAAGGAGUUGAAACAGAUUUUCAUAAACUCUGUCCUGGAGGUGGUUAUGGGCGUGUUCCCUAAAAUAACCAGAGACAAGAUUGAAUAUGUUGAUUGCGGAACCCCCAUCACAAACACACACUACAUUGGAGCCCCCAAAGGUGAAAUCUACGGAGCGGAUCAUGGCAUCGCCCGCUUCAGCCCUGAACUCAGCGCUACAGUGAGACCUCAGACUCCACUGAAGAACCUCUACCUGACAGGCCAGGAUGUGUUUCUCUGUGGUUUUGCUGGUGGUCUCGCUGGAGCCCUCACCUGUGGCUCAGCUAUUCUCAACCGCAACCUCCAUCUGGACGCCAUCAGUCUGGCAAAGAAAAGAAAAUUCCAGAGCGACAAAUGUAAAAAUGAGUAGCUACUUGUCAACAUUCAUAGCUUACUAACCAACUUUAAGCAGUAAACAUUGAAAUGCCCUGGUACAGAGAGUACUAAAGGAAAGUGUAAUUAACCACUUUGACUUAUACUGUGUUAUGAAAUAUGCAUAAAUACACUCAUUUCUUAUUAUUUGCACGGUUAAGUUAUGAUUUGGGUGUUAAGGUAAAUGAGCUUUCAGACAACCUUUUUUAUUUCAUUUUAUCAGUUAUUGUUUGGUUUGCAAUUUGUAACAAGUUUAAAAGAAAAAUACUCAAAACAAUAAAUGCGAUGCCACGUUA